AUGCAUCUAUCAACAUAACCCAAAGUCGGUGUUAGAGUUAAAGACCGUAAUGCCCGGCCAGAGGGGAGACGGUGUCGUUUUGCGAGAUCGUCGUCGUCGAGGUGAUUUUCAUGGCCUGCUAGUCUUCAGUUCUUCCUUGUUGGACACACUCAUUCUUGUCCGCUAUAUUCCUCGCAACUCCCCAUGAGACAGCACAAAUUACCGUCUUUUAGCCAUAAUAGGCGACCCACGAUUCUGUAUCUGGUGUGUGCUGUUGCAUUCUUCUCGCUUCUAGUUUUCGCUAUCCAAUCCUCUUUCUUCUCAGGGUCUCUGAGCACAGAUCGAAACUCAGCAACAAUUCGCAUAUUGUCUGAUUUUCAGUCCAAUGUUCAGCAAUGUGUGGCAAACAGGGGGCUUGGACUCACUGCACAUAUUACUGACCACUGCAAGUUGAUCCUUAAGUUUCCUGAAGGCACCAACAGCACCUGGUACAAUGAGCAGUUUAAAAUCUUUGAGCCUUUGGAGUACAAGUAUGACGUGUGUGAUGCAAUUCUAUUGUGGGAACAGUACCGGAACAUGACUACAGUUUUGACCCGAGAAUAUCUAGAUACUCGCCCUGAUGGAUGGUUAGAAUAUGCAGCAAAAAGGAUAGCUCAGUUGGGGACAGACAAGUGCUAUAACAAGACUCUCUGUGAAGAACACCUCAAUGUAUUAUUACCUGCAAAACCCCCCUUCCAUCCCCGGCAGUUCCACACUUGUGCUGUUGUUGGAAAUUCUGGAGACCUUCUAAACACAGAAUUUGGGAAAGAAAUUGAUAGUCACGAUGCAGUUUUUCGAGACAAUGAGGCUCCAGUUAAUGAGAAAUAUGCCAAGCAUGUUGGUCUAAAGAGGGAUUUUCGUCUGGUUGUAAGGGGUGCUGCUCGAAAUAUGGUCCCUAUUCUCAAUGGAUCUGAUGAUGAGGUACUCAUAAUCAAAAGUGUGACACACAGAGAAAUCAAUGCAAUAAUAAAGACUGUUCCAAAUCCAGUCUAUCUCUUCCAAGGUAUAGUUCUACGUCGAGGUGCUAAAGGAACUGGAAUGAAAUCUGUAGAGUUAGCUCUCUCCAUGUGUGAUAUUGUAGACAUAUAUGGUUUCACUGUUGAUCCAGGAUACACUGAAUGGACAAGAUACUUCUCUACUCCUAGGAAGGGACACAAUCCACUUCAAGGAAGGGCUUACUACCAGCUUCUGGAAUGCCUUGGGGUAAUCAGGAUCCAUUCCCCCAUGAGAUCUGAGAGGCUGCAAGAUUGGUCAGAUGUGCCCAGUCGAGAAAUGAUAAGCCAGGCUCAUGCAGCAGCUUUGCGCAUUAAGAGGAGCCAAACAGGUGGGGCUGAUGAUUUGGGGCAGUUUGGCAGCUGCAAGGUAUGGGGCAAUGUGGACCCAGACAAAGUUGGGCCUAUCUCAGGAUCUCCAGACAUGAGUGAUGCCAGAAGAAAUUCAAAUUAUAGUAAAUGGGAAGUCAUGCCUUUUGAGAGCUUGAGAAAAGAAGCUCAGGAUCACUAUCACCAGAUGCAAGGGGUCUCUCUAUAUAAAAUGGAUGGCAAUAAGUUGGAAGAUCUGGUGUGUGUUAGACACUCCUUAAAAUCUGAGGCGUAAACAGCUGUUCUCCAUGCUGUCCAUUCCUAUCAUCCGAUCAUGCCCAAAUGUCUCUCACAUGAAAUGGGCUUCUCAGGGCUGAUCCAUACGUGCUAUAGGUCAUCAACGGUUUCUCUCUCCCACAAAUGGUGCAGUAAUGAUUGCAUGGCAAGAAUCUCAACCCUGCCAUGGGCUAGUCAGCACGCAUAAUUUCAUUGAUCUCGAUGAUUUAUUCUUGGUGAUUCACUAUAAUGAUGUAGAAAUCACAAGAUAGAAAUUCUAUUGGUUUUGUUGUGCCUCCCUUUUCAGGUUUUAACUCUGAAACAGACAUUGCUUUGUUAGUUCUUGAUAUUAUGAUGUAUUAGACUACCCCGCAUCGUUCAGAAUGUAUUGAUUAGUUUGUUACAGUGACC